GACAUAUAUCGACAACUAUUAGCAAUCGAAAAACAACGAGGCUGGAAUAACGUUUUGGAAAUUAUAACAGGGCAGCCUUUUUAGAGAAACACACACUUUAAGGAGACGCAUAAGAGCUCUCAAAUUGUCGCCGGUGGAAGCUAACAUUGAACUCCACCAGUCCGGUCAAACUUACACUCUGUUUCAACAAGGUUUACAUUCUAGGAUAGCGAGAAGAUCCGGGCAGUACCGUAAGGAGACCGAGGCAGACUGAAGCACGUAGUGCGGAUUGCAGAGAGGUAGAAGUCGUAACGGUGCUGGGAGAAGACAGAGACACCGGAGCAGACGCCAAGCGAAUUACGGGGAAGCCCAAAUGGAGAGUCGAAAACCGUGGCGGAAGGUGGCAGAAGCUUUGAGCACAGACGAUCAGAAGCAACAUGAAGAAGAACCGCCGAAAAUGGCCGGCCUAGGUCAGGGUCCGGAAGAGCCAGCCCUCCAAGGAGCAAGUGCGGUGGGGAGUGGCGCCCGAAUCAUGCCACAAACGAUGGAACUGCCCGACCUAGGUCAGGGUCCGGAAGAGCGAGCCCUCCAAGAAGCAAGGGUGAUCGGGCGUGUCGCCCGAAUCAUGCCACAGGCGAAGGUACUGUCCGCCCUAGGUCAGAGUCCGGAAGAGCAAGCCCGCCAAGAAGCAAGGGUGAUCGGGCGAGACGCACGAAUCAUGCCACAUACGAUGGAACUGGCCGCCCUAGGUCAGGGUCCGGAAGAGCGAGCCCUCCAAGAAGCAAGGGUGAUCGGGCGUGUCGCCCGAAUCAUGCCACAGGCGAUGGUACUGUCCGCCCUAGGUCAGAGUCCGGAAGAGCAAGCCCGCCAAGAAGCAAGGGUGAUCGGGCGAGACGCACGAAUCAUGCCACAUACGAUGGAACUGGCCGCCCUAGGUCAGGGUCCGGAAGAGCGAGCCCUCCAAGAAGCAAGGGUGAUCGGGCGUGUCGCCCGAAUCAUGCCACAGGCGAAGGUACUGUCCGCCCUAGGUCAGAGUCCGGAAGAGCAAGCCCGCCAAGAAGCAAGGGUGAUCGGGCGAGACGCACGAAUCAUGCCACAUACGAUGGAACUGGCCGCCCUAGGUCAGGGUCCGGAAGAGCGAGCCCUCCAAGAAGCAAGGGUGAUCGGGCGUGUCGCCCGAAUCAUGCCACAGGCGAUGGUACUGUCCGCCCUAGGUCAGAGUCCGGAAGAGCAAGCCCGCCAAGAAGCAAGGGUGAUCGGGCGAGACGCACGAAUCAUGCCACAUACGAUGGAACUGGCCGCCCUAGGUCAGGGUCCGGAGGAGCAGGGCCAGGGACCUGACUGCAGACCGGAUCUUACCGGGGACCGCCCCAGUCUUCAAGGAGGCGGAACUAAGCCCCAAAGUGAGGGGGGAGACGUCGGGCGUCAAGGCUGACCGCCUGGAAGCAAUAAAGCCCCGCAGCCCAACCGCUUGGCAGCACGGAGAGAGUAUGAGGAGGAACGCGUGCCAACAAUAAAG